AUGCCGAUCAGCUACAUCAAUAGCUCAUCUUCCGUAGCAAGCUACAACAGUGGUUGUGCUCGGGCUGAUGGGACUAAUGGAAUACCUGAGCAAUGUUAUUGUGGUCGUACCAUUAUAAUUGAAGAGUCUACAGCUCCAGGGAGUCUCGGCAGGAAGUUCUACACUUGUCCUGCAAUAUUGGGUGAGGAUAGUCCAGAUCACAUUUCCAUAUGGUGGGAUGAAGCCAUUGUAGAGCAGCUAAGCAUUCUACAAAUACGAAUUGACCAGCAGACUUUAAGAAUGGAAAGUUAUAACAGAACAACACUUCUGCAGGUCAAUGAGAACAUUGGAGAAAUCAAGGGAAUCCUAGUGGAGAUGCAAAGCGAAGUGGUUCGGAUGAAAGAGGCAUUUGAGAAUCGAGUGUACGGUGAUAUUGGUUAG